UUAGGCACCAGGCGGCAGCACAAUCGUCGCGGUCCAACACACAUUUUUCUUUUUGUUGCCAAAGUGAUCUUCAACAAGUUUGUCUUUGCCGAGAUUUUCGUUUUAAAAACCAUGCCAAAUGAACGGGAAUAUGGAAAGUGGAAGCUAGGCGAAUUAAAAGAAGAGCUAGGCAAGAGGAGAGCCAAGAAAAGCGGGAAAAAAGCCGAUCUUGUGAAACGCCUUGAACAAUAUGAUCGGAACAAUAACUUUGGUAAAGAACAGCUUGAAGAUGAACAUGCAUACAAGAUCACCACCCCACCAGCAGAAAUGUAUAAAGACCUCAAUGCUGACUCAGAGUUCCCAAAUGGUGCUUCAAUCGGUGGGAGAGUUACUUAUCUCCAUUUAAUGCCACUGUUGAAGACAGGGCCCUUUGCCAGAAACUUCAAACUGAGUGUGAGUGCGCAGUGGGCGAAGCUCCCAAUGCACAUUGCAAGCAUAUAA